UGUGUUUGAGCCAAUUUAAUUCCAUGUGUAACCAAGACAACUUUCAAAGCUGAGUGGUUUUUCUACAAGGACAACAAGCAGAGAAAAGAAGACAGAAGUCUAAGAAGUCUCACCAACCAUAACGAAAAGUAGACCGCUUUGUAUCUUUUCAAAGAAUGAUUUGAUGUCAUCGGUUAACAUCAGAGAAGAAUCCAGUACACAUAUAACUCCGACUUUUUUGUGCCAAAUCAGACAUUCACAAUAUACAGAAUGACGGUUUCAUUGAGGAUAAUUGUUUAGAAAGUAGUGACAAAAAGUAGGGAUGAACACAUUACCGGCAAAUAGAACACUAAACACAUUCAAUGGUGACAAUAUACGACGUUCAAGCAUAUCUGCAAUACGUCAUGCUGCUAGGUCAACAUCAUUAUACUUUCCAAACACUGAUACUGAUGAAGAAAGCCGUAGUCAACUGUUGACAAGUGAAAGUAUUGCAGAAACACGUAGAGCUGAGACAAUGAAUAGACUGAAUCGUCUUGGAACUGGUGAAGGCUCAAGAAAUCUGACAAAUCCAUUAUUCGAUAGUAUGGGUAGUUUAGAUCAACCAUGGUCACGUGGUUAUGGUCAGACUGUUGUACUAUCUCCACCAAAGAUUAGUCUACCCGUUCAACACCAACAGCACCAACAUCAUCAACAGACUACAGAACAUGAGACUGCUAGUACAAUUCAAGAUAUACAACACUCGAUCAGAUUACCAGUUCCGAGAAGUUCGAAUAUAUUACACGGAGGUUACUGUCCAUUACCGUCCACUCACUGUGGAUCUUCUGUAAGAAAUGCCUAUGGUGAAGAUGGUGGUGGCGGCGGUGGUGGAAAUAGUAGUAAUAUGAAAAAGUCGAAGAGGAAAAUAUGUCUACCUUGUCUUCGGGGUGUUGAUCAAGUUGAAUCUACUGCAAACCUUUACUCAUCAACUGAUGAACUAGAUUCAACGGAUGACCUGAAUAGAUCAGACAGAGCUAGUCAUCAUCGUCAUAGAUUGAAUAAUCGCGAACAGCAACAACAACAACCGUAUAUUAUAUGCUUGGCAAUUGUCUUUGGUUUAUUGGAUAUUCUCUUGUUGAUUGGAUUGACUCUAUUGAUAUUCUUUUUCAAUUGUUCUGCUGAUGGUUGGUUAUACAUGGAUCCUAGGAUCAAGUCAAUUUGUGUUACUUUAUGGGCUGAUUGGAUUCCUCUUUAUCAAAGAAAAUUCCAGUGUCCUGACUUACCACCUGGUUAUUCAGAUAUCGCCAAUACUGAAGCUGGCAGUAGCACUGGUGGAGUCAGUGGGGGUGUCAGUGAGACAAACAAUGAACUAAAACCUUUACUUGAACGAAUAAAUAUGGCUAACAGACAACAGGUUCCAUCAUCCUAUUCAACAAUGACUACACCUAAUCCGUUAUCAUUAAUGGCACGCUAUCAGUCAGAACGAACCAAUCAAGUGAACAGAGUUAAUCCUCAAUAUUGGGAUGGAGACUUGGGCUUAAUGCUUCCACCGAAAUUGAUAAUCCCCUCUGCUGAACAACACUUAUACGGGCCAAGAGAUAAUGUUCAUCUUUACGGUCGUAAUUAUCCAACUGAUAAAGACUUUGUUCAAGGGAUAAAAAGUGAUCAAUGGUUACAAUUAUCCCAGUCACAAGCUGAUAUUUAUCGUCAUAUGACGAUCAGUUCCAUAGUCACAGGAUCAAUAAUAAUUCCUGUAAUAGUGAUUUGUUUUGCUGAAAUCAGUUUCUAUUUUUUCAACUGUUGUCAAAUGUGUCUAUCGAGAAAUAACUUGAAACCCUGGGCAACUAUGAAAUUUUUUGGUCGACUUUACCGUCUACUCAUCACAUACAUUUUUGGUCUUCUUGCAACAAUGCUUCUAGUCUGGCUUAUCAAAGUUUCAGUUGGACGUCUUCGACCAGAUUUCAUUCAAAUAUGUCGUCCAUCAGUAAAUGCUUGUCCAAAAUGGUAUACAUUGAUUCAAAAAACUCGUGAAUCUGUAGAUGAACGCAGUGCAAUUGAAUCAGAUCCAAGAUUGUUAGAUCUAAUUGUUGCUCAGUUAGCUAAACAAGGUAAAUAUUUAGUCACAGUGGCGACUACACCUUCACAGGAGUCAUCCGGCCGUCAGAUACCUGAUGGACUGUUAAGCAAUGCAGAUUGUUUGGAGAAUAAUAUUUUAAAGCUUAAAGAUGCCAGAACAUCAUUUCCUUCACUUGGAGCAUCAGUUUCAAUGUAUGCAGCAAUUUUCGUCACAGUUUAUGUGACUGCAUUGAUGAAGAAUUUCCGAGAUGCUUGUCUUUGCAUCCCAUUUCUGUCACUGCUUGGUGUCAGCCUAGUCGCUCUUCUGCUUGGCAUCAACAGAGUAAUAUACAGAAAUAAUUGGUUUGAAGACGUUUUAGCCGGUUGGAUUAUUGGAAUUUGCGUUGCUAUUUAUGUGAGUUUCAAGGUGUUAUACAAUCGAGACAAACUGAGUGAUUUAACCAAUCACGAUUUGAAUCGUCGUUUACACAAAAUUCAGAGUUUACUUCAAACUCACAAUGAUUACAAGCAAUCUGAGCUGAAAAUGAUGAAAUACUUGUGACCAAUAGACAUUCAGCGUACAAUGAAUGGAACAGUUUGAUGGAAUUAAUCAGCUCAUUUCUGAAGAUGUUCAUUGUGACGAUACUUUAUAACUGCUUGUCUAGUCAAUUAAAAUAGCCUCAUUCCUAUUCCUAUCAUAAAUACAUUCAAUUCUCCGCAUAUUUUAAAGUGUAAAAUUGUUUAUAUAUACAUACAUACCGGCCAAUCAUCUCUCACGUUACGCCCACGCACACUGAAUUCAUUCUCACAUUUAUCGAUUACCUUUAAAAUAGUCUUAAAUAGCAAUUUUAAAUGAAUGACAAUCAUUACUAUCGAGCAGCUAAAUAACCUAUUACUUACUAAUAUGCAUAAGCUGAUGUCAGGAUAAACACAAGUCCAUUUAAACAUCUGAUCUAUUUUUAGCCAAAAAUAUUCCCUUAUAGGUAUUAUUACUGUGGUUUUUGUUUAACCGGUUAUUAAAAUUUUUAAUCUUUGAAUUAUACUUGUAAACUGUUAUAUUUUAGUCAUUUUUCUUUUUACAAAAGCAAUCACUUCAUUUUUAUGUCAACUGACUGGAAAAUUUCUGAAAAUAUGCUGAUAUAGUUGUAAAAAAAAGUUUAUUUAACAUGAAAAACACUUCUGUAGUCAUAAAAAAAAGCAUAAAAACAAUUUAUUGCUUUUA